GAACGCCCAUCGCACUGUAAAGGCAACUUGGUUUUUUUUUUUAGUUUCGCCCUCUUGAACAACGAUUCACGUGGUCAAGCCUAUUGUAUUCCUUCUGUUACUCAUUUGGUUGUUGUAUUGACAUCAUCAGACUCCUCGUAUGGAUACCAGUGCGGGAGUCAAGAAUGGUCGGAGCUUGUUGCAGGCCGACAGAGGAUGAUCGUAACAGCGCAUCGCUGCUACAUCCUGAGAGUGAGUGUGACGGUAGAGGAAGAAGUUUUCUGAUCUAGAGAUCGAUGAGAAUCCAUUACGGCACCUUCUGACUCGAACGAGGUUGUCUGCAACUCAAGCGCCUGACUGACCAAAAGCAUAUGACAAAACAGCAUCAGUCCACUGCCCUAUUGCUAUGCAUUUCCUACAGCACAAGCCAGUGUGCUCUUGAUAUGCAGCGAGAUGGAAGAAGAGCUGUAAACAGAGGCUACAGCCGGAUACAGCACCAUACAGCAUGAUCCGGUAGCACUGCCUAGGCGCUUUACUGACAUGCUUUAUAAAGUCGUCGUGUUCGUGUCGACGGCCUGGUUUGCUCUCCUCAGCUGUGACGCAAUUUAUACGGCGCGGGUAGUCUCCCUCGUCAUAAUCAAUCUACCGACCAGCAGCAUCAAACAUGGAGAAUGCUGUUAUUUUGCUUAUCGCCACUUUGGCGUUCUUGACUUUGCCCGUAGCGGCCUUAUUUAUUUUCGAAGCCAUCUUGAGCGCUUGGAGAAGCCGGGGCAGUAGGCAGCGGCGCUCCAUACUUCCUGUCUUCGUACUUCCUGGAGGCCCGUCGGUGCAGGCCGUCCCACGCGGCCAAUGGAUCGGAGCAUCCGUUGUCGGAGCCGGCCGAUUCUGGAACACUGGGCCAGCCUUGCCUCGAAAUGGGCCCUCUUUGCCGAUCCCGCUGCAGGCCAUGGUGCGAAUCACGGAGGAGUGUCCGAUUCUCCCUGUCAUCGAGCGCGUGGGCCAGACGGUUGGACCUCCAUCGCCGUACUGGGCCACUUGAUUCCGGGUCUCCGACCAUUUUCUUCUUCGCAUGUCCCAAACAGAGUCAGCCGUUGCUGUGGCCCACUCUGGUGUUGGCCCCGCAUGGAUAUCCCCCGCAUCGGAGAAGGGCG